CAAUAUUUAUCGUACUUCUUAUAUGCACCAAUAGAUGGUCAACAGAUGGUGCUAAGGAUAAAUCUAAAAAUGGCUAAGCUAGGUAAAUGAAGAGAGAAAAGUGUAUCAUGCAUGGUGGCUAUUCAUAGGGACGGUGAUGCGGAUCCACUUAUAUUCCGGCAAUCUUGGUAAGCUAAGUUCCUUGGAUGCGCCGGUCGUGUCGCCAUGGACGACGAGACUGGCUCCUCCUCCCAGCUGCACAUCGUGAUCUGCCCGUGGCUCGCCUUCGGGCACCUGCUCCCCUGCCUGGACCUCGCCGAGCGCCUGGCGUCGCGGGGCCACCGCGUGUCGCUUGUGUCCACGCCGCGGAACAUCGCGCGGCUGCCGCCCGUGCGUCCCGCCGUGGCGCCGUUCGUCGGUCUCGUGGCGCUGCCGCUCCCGCGCGUGGCGGGGCUCCCCGACGGCGCCGAGUCCACCCACGACGUCCCCUUGGGCAAGUUCCACCUCCACCUCGAGGCCUCAGACGGCCUCGCCGCGCCCUUCUCCGAGUUCUUGGAGUCCCUGUGCGCCGUGCCCGGCAGAAAGAAGCCCGACUGGAUCGUCGUGGACUACCUCAACCACUGGGCCGCCGCCGCCGCAGUCCGGCACAAGGUUCCGUGUGCGCUGCUUGUCCUACUCGCUGCCACCGUGGUCGCCGCAUUGGACAUCCGACUGUUCAGGCGCACCGAAUCCCAGUCGGCGAAGACGGAGCUCAUCUCCGUGCAGGGCGUGCCGGCGACGUCCAUCGCCGAGCGGGUCUCCUCGACGCUCGAGAGGUGCGAUCUCGUGGCCAUGCGCCGCUGCGUCGAGUGGGAGCCCGAGAGCGUCCCUCUCGCGUCGACGUUCGGCGGCAAGCCGGUCGUUCCCUUCGGCCUCCUGCCGCCGUCGCCUGACGGAGGCCGCCGCGGCGACAGCGGGAAGGACGGAGCCGCCGUGCGAUGGCUCGACGCGCAGCCGGCCAUGUCAGUCGUCUACGUCGCGCUGGGAAGCGAGGUGCCGCUGCGGCCCGAGGAGGUGCACGAGCUCGCCCUUGGGCUGGAGCUCGCCGGGACGCGCUUCCUCUGGGCACUGAGGAAGCCACCCCUCGGUUCCGAUGCCGUCCUCCUCCCGGUGGAGUUCGAGGAGCGCACGCGCGGCCAUGGCCUCGUGAUGAACGGGUGGGUUCCUCAGCUGGAGAUACUGGCGCACGACGCCGUGGCCGUGUUCCUGACGCACUGCGGCUGGAACUCCACCGUCGAGGGGCUCCUCUUCGGGCGUCCUCUCGUCAUGUUGCCCAUCAUGGGUGACCAGGAGCCGAACGCGCGGCUCAUGGAGCGUAGGAAGGUCGGGGCGCAGGUGCCGCGAAACCAAAACGACAGGACAUUUGACCGAGAAGGCGUCGCCGCGGCGAUUCGGGCGGUCGCGGUUGAGGAAGAAGGCAGGAGAGUGUUUGCAGCCAACGCCAAGAAGCUGCAAGAGAUCGUGUCGGACACGGAGUGCCAUGAGAGGUAUAUCGACAGAUUUAUUCAGCAACUCAGAUGCUACAAGUAGUGAGGCGUGUCGGGGCUGCCCGGGAGAGAGAGAGAGAGCAUGCGCGCAACGCAGUAGGUAGUCGGAUCACAUGUUUUUUAGAGUAGUGGAAUUAAUCACGGGAUCUUGGAACAAGCUUCAGUUUGAAAUCAUGCAUUUUUCUCUGCA